GGCAGGCGGGUCCGCCUUACACAGAGGAGGAAAUGGACUCGGCCAGGCUCAGUGACUCGGCGGAAGUCACACGGCGAGGGAAUGGUGGCCCCCGGGGGUUCAGUCUUCCUUUCGAGGCGCCGCAGGAGCCGACCCAGGCGGGUGGCGGCGGGAAUUCGCCAUUUCGGUUCAGUAACGGCGGGAAAGCCGGCGGAUGGCGACGGAGAAGAGCUGGUGGGGCUGCAGGGGACCCGCAGAAAAAGCGAGGCGGUGAGAAGGAAUUAGGGCCUCGGCGGCCGCCGUACGAACGGCGCCCCGUCCCCAUGGCAACAGCAGGAAGCCGCGGGAGGUUUCUGGACUGGACCCAACGCGGCGCGGAAUCCUGAACUCGCCCUCGGCCCCGAGGGUGCAGCUCCUGAACUGGCUGGCGCUGCCCUGACCCCAUGGACGUCUCCUCUAGCCUGCGGAAUCUACCCCCAGCUCCCGUCAGCGGCCCUUCCCUGCUGCUCCCCACCCCCGCCAUCGUCUUCAUCACCGUGGGCAUCUAUUUGUUGCUGCUGGGCCUCGUGCUGCUGACUAGGCACUGCCUGCUGGCCCAGGGCUGCUGCACCGACUGCAGCGCCCCCUGCAGGAAGCAAGGCGCCUCCAGGCCCCAAGACUGUUGCUGGACUUGUGCAGAAGCCUGCGACUUCCCCCUGCCCAGCUCAGCCCACUGCCUGGAUGCCUGCUGCCCCCAGCCCACGGAAGCUGGUUGGGCCCCUCGCUGCCCUCAGUGCUGCCCACUCUGCGACUGUGCCUGCACGUGCCAACUUCCCGACUGCCAAAGCCUCAACUGUCUCUGCUUUGAGAUCAAGCUCCGAUGAGGACCCAGAGUUCCUGCCCUCCGGGAGCAGCCAGCCCCCAUGGGGCCCACAUGCCCUCUUUCCUGAGGGGCCUCAGGACACCUUGCUCCAGGCCACUGGGACCACACAUGGCCUGCCCGGCUCACUGGCUUGGGAACCAGCAGUGGAGAGUGUGGCUCCGGGCAGAGCAGGACUCAGAGAACCCUUGGCCAGCCAGACGGCAGCCCCUUUGUAGGGCAGAGAG